UGGCAGCCGCGCCUCGCUCGCGACAUGCGGAUACUUUUGCCGGUCUUCCUGCGGCCGCUGUGGGGGAGACGGUGCUGCCGCCGUCGCCAAAGCUGCGCCUCUCCCGGCCGCCAGCUCCUCUCCACGCCCAUCUUUUACGCGAAUGGCUCUCCGCACAUCGGGCACCUUUACUCGGCGCUUCUGGCCGACGCGCUGCACCGGCAUCGAGAGCUGCACGAGCGGGGAGGGCGCUUCGCUACCGGAACAGAUGAACAUGGGCUGAAAAUCCAGACGACAGCUGCGGCGGCAGGCAGUUUGCCUCAGCACUUCUGCGAUCGUGUGUCAGCGGAAUUCCAGGAGCUCUUUACCCAGGCAGGCAUCUCUUAUACUGACUUCAUCCGCACCACGGAGCCACGGCAUAGACAGGCAGUGGAGCACUUCUGGAUCACCCUGCGGGAACGGAGCUGGCUUUAUCGGGCCAAAUACGAAGGCUGGUACUGCACUGCUGAGGAGACUUUCCUAGCGGCUUCUCAGGUCACUGAGCGCCCUGACUCCCACGGCUGCCGGCACAUGGUCUCACUGGAAAGCGGCCACCAGGUACACUGGACCAAUGAAGAAAACUACAUGUUCAGACUAUCUGAGUUCCAGGAGCCACUGCUGAGAUUGCUCCAGGAGAGUAGGCUUACCAUAACCCCUGAGCCAUUCUACCAGCAGGUGCUCCAGUGGCUGAAACAGGAUCUGCCAGACCUUUCCGUAUCACGUGACCGAAACCGACUGCAGUGGGGCAUCCCUGUCCCCGGAGACUCAACGCAAACCAUCUACGUCUGGGUGGAUGCCCUGGUGAACUACCUCACUGUUGUGGGUUAUCCUGACGCACACCAUGACUGGUGGCCUGUGGCCUGCCACAUUGUGGGCAAAGAUAUCCUCAAGUUCCACGCCAUCUACUGGCCUGCCCUACUGAUGGCAGCUGGGUUGGACCCUCCAGAGCAGAUCUUUGUCCACUCCCAUUGGACAGCGCAAGGACAAAAGAUGUCGAAGAGCCUGGGCAACGUGGUGGACCCAAGAGCCUGUUUCCAGCGAUAUACAGUGGAUGGGUUUCGGUAUUUCCUGCUCAGACAGGGUGUCCCCGAGCGAGACUGCGACUACUAUGAUGAGAAGGUCGUCAAGUUGGUCAACUCAGAACUGGCAGAUGUCUUGGGAGGGCUCCUCAAUCGCUGCACAGCCAGCAGCCUGAAUCCCAGUGGGACCUACCCGCGUUUCUCAGAAGCCUGUUUCCCUAAAGACGUGGGUGCUCAGAAUGGAAGGGGACUUGGCAAGGCUUCUGCAGAGGACUACAAGCUAGUGUCUUCAGUGAAGGAGCUUCCUCUGCAAGUGAGCCGUGACUUCGAACGCUUUCGGAUCUACAAGGCUUUGGAAUCCAUUAUUGACUGUGCAAGGCAGACCAACGGCUUCAUCCAGAGGCAUAAGCCCUGGAAACUGAGUCGUGACGAUCCCUCGCAGCAGCAGUGGUUGGACACCAUCCUCCAUGUCACCCUGGAGUGUCUUCGGGUUUAUGGGCUCCUCCUGCAACCGGUGAUUCCUUCCACUGCCGAUAAGCUGCUCACCAGGCUAGGCGUUGGUCCCUCAGAAAGAUCUUUAAGGGACUUGGCAUUUCUGUCUCGCUUCCAUGAUGAGCGGUGCCCUUUUGAAGGGAGGAACCUUGGUUCUGACACUGGGCUCUUGUUUCCCAAGCUGGAGAAAUCCAAAGCCAGAAGCCAUGGGGGUCUUUAA